AUGAUAUUAUUGAUAUUCCUCCUAUGUAUUCAACAUGUAUUAGGUAAGGGAUAUCUUAGAUUACCCAAUCUGAAAAUAGAUACAUAUGUUGGAUCAGAGAAAGAAUUAGUUAGUAUAAAUAUUGAUAUGACUAAAUCAGAUUUGUUAUUAUUCAAUAGUUCCACCGCAUGUUCAUGGUCAGGAAAUUCCAACACCACUGACGCCCAAGCAUUAUAUCAGGUAUGUAGUACGCAAGCUAGUGUGUUUCAUGAUGGGAAUUCGAAAAGUUUUGUGAAGAAUGGUACCCAAUACAGUUAUAGCUUUGAAUCUGGUGACUUAGUAGGUUAUGGGAAUGUUUGGGGAAUUGAUACCUUCAACAUUGGUAACAAAACUAUUAAAGGUAUGCAAAUGUCACUUUUGAACCAAUCAACUAGUGUUUACGGAGUAUUGGGAGUAGGAUUUAUUGAAGAUGAAUUCUGUAAUAGAAAUAAUUUGAAUAAUGGUCAAUCUUCUGUGAAGUAUUUAAAUUUCCCUUACCAAUUAAAGAAUCAAGGAAUAAUCAAAAAGGCUAUGUAUUCAUUAAAUAGUUUACCAUUUUCCAUGUCAGAAUUUUUAUUUGGAGCCAUAAAUCACGAAAAAUAUAGAGGUGAUUUAGUUCAAAUUCCUUUGAUUGAUAAAUCUUUACAAUUCAAAACUGAUGGGAUAAUAUUGAAUGAUUUGGCCCUUUCAAAUUCUACCAUCACCACAAUAAUUGAUAAUAAUUCUUAUAAUUUGGGGUUACCACCAUUGAUUUUCAACACAAUUAUGAACCUUCUUAAUGCUAAUAUUUCAUCGGAUUAUCCCGAUUAUUAUCAAACGUCAAAUACUAAUGAUACGAUAUAUUUCAAAUUUGGUGAUUUGGUUAUACCUAUAUCUUUUCAAAACUUAGUUGAUAGUAAUGGCUUAAUUUCAAUAGUUCAAUCGAAAGAGAAGAUUGUAUUAGGAAGACCUUUCCUUAUAGAUGCUUAUAUAGUAGUGGACUUAGAAGAUGAAGCUUUAUUCAUUGGAAGAGCAGCUUCUCCCAAUAAUAAGGAUGAUAUUACUGUAGUAGGAAAAGGAUCAAAUUCCACUGAAAUUGCUUUUAAUUCAGCUUCAACUUACAGUUUUCCUUGGAUGUUGUAUCUAUUACCACUUACCUUGUAUUUAAUUUAA